AACCUCGUCAAAUCUUCAUUGCUGUUCUCCUGCAGUCCAGUUGUCGACACAGAGGACUGCAGUAGCAGUAGCCAUUGCUCUGGGAGGUGUUGAGCAGGAACACCAAAAAACACGGACAGAAUUUAGGUGUGACAGAGAGCAGUGCCUUCUCGAGGAUCAUGUCUCAGUCGGGCAAGGUCUACCACGUGUACGUGGAGGUGCGGGACGGAGAAGGGCUGGACCCCUUAAUGCUCCAGGGGCCGGACAUGCUCCCGCAGUCCCAGCGGACGUCCCCCCACCAUAGUCAUAGCCAUAGUCCCGCUGUCUCCCCUGGGACGUUGCAUAAAGGCGGGGGCAGCAACCAAAGCCUCUCCUCCUCGCGUCAUUCGGUGAACUUUCAUCUGGGGCCCAUAGGGUAUGAGCAGGGUCGUGGCGGGGGGCCACACCGACAGAGCCUGCCCUGCGAUGGGCUCGGCCACCUGCUGUCGGGCCAGAAUGGCAUUCUGAUGCGCGCUCACUCCGCGGAGAGCGAGCCUUUCUGCUGCCGGGAGAACCACGUCUCGGGGAGGUACACAGCACCGCCGACGCCCAACGUGGGCCGACGCUCCUACUACGGCGCGCCCGGCGGCAGGGAGGUCGGAGGAGAUGGCAGGAGAUCGGUGGUCACCUUCAGCUACAUCGAGAAGGGGAGCGUCCAGACGUCGGCAGAUGGCUCGCACAGUUCCCUGUGCCAGAGCGAGCCAGAGAACCCCUUUAACCGGGCCCUGGAGGAAGAGGAGGAGCGUUUGGCCGGCCUCACGCGGAAGAGGCUCAGUGACCCGGUGCAGUUCAGCAGCUGGGAGUCGCUGGGCGGCUCUGGGUCCAAGCUCACGUCCGCUCAGAGGCACUCGCUGAACCUCCGGCGCGCCACCCUGGACUCCAUUGCACGCGAGGCCACCUACCGCGCGCUGGAGGAGUUCGGCUCCCCGCAGAUACGCCGUCGCCUGGAGGUGCACAACCACCACCCGUACCCCCACCGCCAGGACCAACUGCCCCACGACCAGUCCCGCUCCCGCUCCUGGGGUGGGUCUCCGGUCCUGCCGGUCCGAGGCUCCUGCACCCUGCCCACCAACACCCACCUGGUGGACCUGGACCGGAACCACUCAGCCUACGGGCUGCCCAGGAGCCCGGCCACUGAGCACCUCUCCUCCCACGUCAGGCAGAACCACUACACCAUGUUCCCCCCGAGUGGACGGCCCCAUGCCUAUGGAGCUCCCAACCACCAGCGGCAGUGGCACGGUGAAGACAGCCCCAAGCUGCCGUACAAACAUGGCCCCGCUCUGCCGUCGUGCAAGCCAACUGCCAUCCAGCACGAGAUACCAGCCAUGACGGUCACCAAAGCCCCCGAUCACCACCACCAGAAGUCCAAUCACCAACCAGCCGACAGCCCUCGCUCCUCACACCGGGUUAAUUUCAACCUGGAUGCCUCCAAAAGCAGCAAAGCUGGCACUGACGAGGGCGCGAAUCACCUGAGCGGGCAGAGGAGCGUCUCGCCAUCCACCAGCCCCGACCUGGCGCGCAAGCUGGCCGAGGAGGCCUCCAAGCUGUCCACCAUCUUCAUGGAGCGGAGGAGCCCAUCGCCCGCGCCGUCCAGCGGGGAGGACACCAACCGCUCGGACAGCCCCAGGUCCGGCAGCCUCUCGAGGGAGUCGCAAGUCUACCCCGGCCUGCAAGGCCUGGGCUCCCCGGCGCAGUCCCACUCUGACGUCAGCCUGCCCUGUGGGCAGCAGGGGGACCACCACUGGGCGGCCGAGCGGGAGCCCGUGCGGAGCGCGUCUCAGUCGGGACACUCCUCGCCGCUGCCGCCCUACAGGAGCGGCGCCACCCCGUCCCCGGCCAGGCUGGCGCAGCAUCGGCUGGACAUGACGCCGUCCCCCAUCAGGGACCCCCGGCUUGAGAUGGGCGAGUCAGCGGGCAAGGCCAGCCCCACGCCUCACCGGCACCAGCCGCCCCAGUACACCGGCGACGGCUGGUCCCCUGGCGCCUCGGAUCGCCGGCAGCAGCAGCCGCCCGCCACGCGCUUCAACCCGCAGCCACGGGACAGCAGCCCGGAGACCCAGCGCAGGGGCUACUACGCGGGGCAGCAUGCCAGCGAGACCCCCGUCAGCUGGACCUCCCAGCUGCAGCGCUGGAGAGAGGAGAGGCAGAUGAGGGAGCUAGAGAGAUCCGGCCAGCCUCCUGCUGCCGGGACGCCUCCGCUCGCCUCCUCCCGAGAGGAGGAGAAGCGGAGAAGAGACAUACCAGAUACGGAACGAGGAGGAGGAGGUGGUGGUGGUGGUGGAGGUGGUGGCACUCCAGGCUUAUCCAAAAGCUCCAGCGGGGUGACAGGAAGCCUCGGGGACAGCAGCUCGCAGCCGGAGAGAGACUGCCUCUCCACAGAGUCGUCCAGCCAGGGCAGCGACAGUGGAAACAACACUGCUGGGGCGCAGUCUGAAGGCUCGUCUGAUUUGGGGUCUUCCGUGCGAUCUCAGAAGAUAGCUCGUGCCAAAUGGGAGUUCCUGUUUGGAGCGCCCACUCAAGACGAACAUGGAACCAAAGACCCUUCUGGUGCCUCCACUGCGCCCUCUAGUGGCCGCCCCGGUAAGCCCGCCACAACGUCCUCUCCGUCCUCGCUGCCAAGGAAGCCUCAGCGGAGCCGCAAGGCCCUGGGCCUGAAGAGGGACGAGCUCCAGCGGCUGAGCUACCACGAGGUGCAGCAUGUGGAGGUGGAGCUGGUGGCCGAGACGCCGACGUCCUCCCGCCACGCGUCGCCGGGCACCUCGCCGCGCAUGGGCAUCAUCCGCCGCACCAUCAAGUACUCGGAGACGGACCUGGAUGCCGUGCCCAUGCGCUGCUAUCGCGAGACGGACCUGGACGAGGUCAUGCAGGCCGAGCACGAGGAGGACGAGGAAGGGGCGGUGGAGGGGGCCGGCGGCGGCGACGACGACGACGACUCGGCGUUCGGGAGUGAGCGGAGCGGGAGUGGGCGUGGCAACCUGGGGCGCGGCUGGAGGGGGACGCGGGCCAGGGUGGAGCGACUGGUGGAGGACGAGGAGGGAGUGGUCAGCUGGGCCACCGUCCGGAUGCUGGGGGACAGGAAGAGGCAGGUGACCACGCGGCCACACGAGGAGGAUGAGCUGCUCACCCGUCUGCUCAAAGGCCCUUCAGACAGCCAUGCCGACAACCAAUCAACCCUUAAGUCCCCCGUCACCAUGGGCAACCCACGUCGUAUCUCGGCUGAGGGCCUGGACACCUUCAGCCGUCACUUUGAGAGCAUCAUGGAGUCACACCGUGCCAAAGGCACGUCCUACAGCAGCCUGGACAGUGACGACAUGACCCCCAGCGUCCCGCCCGUCUUCACCUUUGACCUGCCGACCCUCACGCCGGAGAUCCAGAGCCAGAUCUGUGUCAGCGCGCGGCAGAUCGCUGAGCUCGGCUUUGCCCCACUGGCCCGGGCUGAGGCCCUGAGCCUGUCGGACCGGACUGGGGGCUCGGACCCAACGCUGGCACCCUUCAAAGAAGAGGCGGGCAGUGGAUCAGAGGACGACACCACCACCAGCGCCAUGAACACACCCAUGUCCGAUGACAACCUGGACUCUGCACUCAGAGAGAAGCCAUGCCUUCACAUCCCGGAGUCGGACCCCGAGGUGGCCGAGCGACUCGCCCUGGGGAGUCCAGACAACCUGUCCAAUGGGAACAAGGCCGAUCUGGAGGCAGCCAAGAGGCUGGCCAAGCGCCUCUACAAGCUCGACGGCUUCAGGAAGUCCGACGUUGCCAGGCACCUUGGCAAAAACAAUGACUUCAGCCAAAUGGUGGCAGAGGAGUAUCUAAGUUUCUUCAACUUCACAGGGAUGACAGUGGACCAGGCACUGAGGGCCUUUCUGAAGGAGUUUGCCCUAAUGGGGGAGACACAGGAGCGAGAGCGGGUGCUUUCCCACUUUUCCAAAAGAUAUCUCCAGUGCAAUCCUAACACCAUUCCCAAUGAAGAUAGCGUCCACACUCUGACCUGUGCACUGAUGCUGCUCAACACAGACCUGCAUGGCCAUAACAUUGGGAAGAGGAUGUCCUGCAUGCAGUUCAUUGGCAACCUGGAAGGGUUAAAUGAUGGACAGGAUUUUCCAAGAGAGCUUCUCAAGGCAUUGUACCACUCUAUCAAGAAUGAGAAGUUGCAAUGGACCAUAGACGAGGAGGAGCUGCGGAAGUCCUUCUCGGAGCUGGCAGAGAGCCGAACGGACUCUGCAUCCCACACGAUGAAGCGCAUCAACAGCGGUGGCAACCCGCUGGUCAGCGUGGCCCAGCAGUCCAAUGCCCAGCUCUACAAGAACGGCUUCCUUGUACGCAAGGUCCACGCCGACAUCGAUGGCAAACGGACUCCCCGAGGUAAACGAGGAUGGAAGUCAUUCUACGCCAUUUUGAAGGGCCUGGUUUUGUACCUGCAAAAGGGAGAGUACCGGCCCGACAAGCUGACUGAUGAGGACUUGAAGAACGCUGUGUCCAUUCAUCACGCGCUGGCCAUGAGAGCAGCCGACUACAGCAAGAGGCCCAACGUCUUCUACCUGCGCACAGCCGACUGGAGGGUCUUCCUCUUCCAGGCCCCGAACGCAGAGCAGAUGCAGUCCUGGAUCACACGCAUAAACACAGUGGCGUCCAUGUUCUCGGCCCCUCCCUUCCCAGCGGCCAUUGGCUCCCAGAAAAAGUUCAGCCGACCUCUGCUGCCAGGAUCGACCACAAAGCUCACUCAGGAGGAGCAAGUCCAAUCCCAUGAAACACGAUUUCGGGCGGUGUCUUUCGAGUUGACCGAACUGCGUACCGUUCCCCUAGAUCGGAAGGUUAAAGGUCGUGAGCUGGAGGAACACAAGCAGCGGGAAGAGUAUCUGGAUUUUGAGAAAACCCGUUACGGGACCUACGCCAUGCUGCUGAGGGCCAAGAUCCGCAGCGGCGAGUCGGACCUUGCCGCCUUCGAGGCGCGCCUCUUCGCCGACGGCGGGCUCCAGCGGGCCCACUCCAGCCCCACGCUGGCCCAGGAGACGUGCAGCAGCCAGGCCAGCAGCAGCAGCGCCGGCAGCGCCAGCGGGAUUAGCGCGGGGGGCAGCAGCAGCGAGCGGAGCGGAGCAGCCGCCCGGAGCAGCGCCAGCGGCAGCAGCAGCAGCAAGCGGGGCAAGCGCUCCGAGGGACCGAGGCACAGCUACAGGAAGGCCGUCAAACAGUGAAGAGGAUGCUUGUUGCUGGAGGGGGAGCCGGGGGGUGGGGGUGGAAAAGAGGUUAUGGAUGGGCGGGCAGAGAUGAGGGGGUGUGAGGAAAAGGAAGCCCUUGACCCACCACAACCUGUUUGACGGCUCACUAAAGAGGAGACAGAUUUAUUGGGUGGACCAGGUUGUGGUUACAUCCUCAUGUGGCUGACUCGUCCAUGCAGCAUGUACUGUUCGCAGAAAGGAAUGAGUAGUUUGGCCCAGUGACGGCUGGUCCUGGAGUAGAGGGUUGUUUAGAAUGAAGGCAAAUGGAGAAAAACAACAACUUUUUUUCUGGGGGAACAUCACCAGCUUCAGAUCGUUUUUUUUUCCCCUUCUUUGUACAUCUCUGGGGUUUGCAUUUUCUUUCUGGCAAACCCUUAAAAACAGAGAAGUUCAUUUACUUUCUCCGAAGGCAACUAGGGGACUCUCUCCUGCCAUGUAUUUCUGAAGGUGCUUUAGGGCUAUGAAAUAUUCAUCUGUAAACCCUCAGACCAAACCUCUAGUACAGGACAAAGCCCUCUUCACGGCACUUAUGUCGUCACAGUGUCUGAGCCAUAAGUGACUCCUGGAGCCUACUGCUGCCUGCCAUAUAGUGGAGGAUCAACGAAGAGAGGGAUAGACACUUACUGUAUUUUUGUUUUUACGCAUGAGAAAAGUUCCAAAAAUCUCAUAUCAUUACUGAACUCUUCAAGCACAGUAUCAUAAGUCAUUCAGACAAAAAAAAACUCUUGUCUGUAUAUUAGAAGUUUCUGAAUGCAUGGUUUAAAGCAUGCUUAUGAUUUUGUCUGUUUGUCUGUCGUCUUCAUUUCUUCCAGUGUUUGAUUACCAUGCUACAGUAGUGAAGAAAUCUCUUUCCUGACUGACCGUUAUGAAUGU